CAUUCCCUUACCGUCAUACCAUCAACAUGAGACCAAGUCGUAGGUCUAAACAUCCACACGACAGUUACCCUUUUUGUUGCCGAAGUACUGUACAACACUUCGUUGCAGGCAGCGUUGUGUGCUGAUAAACAUAAGGCAAUACAGGGUCAGCUUCGGCUCUCCCUAUUCCGAUACCCACUUGGGUCUUGUCUGGCAUAGGUGCGAUAAAUCAAACUCUUUGCAACCGCUUUAAAAUGGGUUCAAACGUACUCCUUACGGGUGGCACGGGCUAUAUUGGAGGCACCGUCCUCGACACUUUAGCAACGACACACCCCGAGUACAACCUCACGGUGUUGCUUCGCACUGUACCAAACGGAUUCCAGGAACGAUAUCCAGGCGUCAAGAUUGUGAGGGGCGGCUAUGACAAUUUCGAUAUAAUUGCGAAUGCUGUCUCUCAAAGCAAUGUUGUUGUUCAUAGCGGAGACUCGGACCACGAAGGCAGUAUCAAGGCAAUCAUCGCCGGACUUCUUCGCCGCUCUUCAAAAUCUUUCUUGAUCCACCUAAGCGGCACUGGCAUUAUAUCAGACUGGCGGGAUCCUACGUAUAUGGGUAGAUUGAACCCCAAGGUCUGGUCUGAUGUCUCUGACAUAGACGCGAUCACGUCUCUUCCUGACAGUGCCCUGCACCGCAACGUGGACAAAAUCAUACAAAGUGCGGCUGUCGCUCAUGGAGAUAUUCUGAAAACCGCAAUUGUUUGUCCGCCCGACAUAUAUGGCACUGGGAGAGGAUUGGUGCGAACGCGCAGUGUUUACAUGCCCGUUUUCUUAGAGGAAUCCGUGAAGCUAGGCGCGACGUUCUAUGCCGGGGACGGAACAAAUACAAGGAGCUGGGUACACAUCGAGGACCUCAUGAUUAUCUACUUGAAAUUGGUAGAAGCUGCGCUUACUGGGGGAGGCAACGCCGACUGGGGACUUCAGGGCUACUACUUUGCGGCUACUCAUGAAGCUUCGCAAUUAGACAUCGCCAAGGCUGCUGGCAGCAUUCUUCACAAGCAUGGGAUUCUUAAAACCGAGGAUCCCCAAAGAGUGACUUCUGGACAGGUCAACACAAUGAUGGAACGCUUUAACUAUCCGGGAAUUGCAACGUAUAUGUUCGCUGCUAAUUCAAGAUCAACGGCUGAAAGGGCGAAGAAGCUGUUUGAAUACGAAGCAAAGGCAUCAACCCUCUGGGAGAACAUAGAGACUGAUCUGUUGGCGGGAGCGUCGAGAUAGUCAGUUUGGAUGACAAGACGAAUCAGCAUAUCGUUUUCAACACCCGUGUCCUUCGCUGCAAUAGUAACGUCUUAGUCCCCCGGUCGAGCCAGCCCCCCGGUCGAGCCACCCAAAAAUUACCGCCAAAACUGCUAGCUUUGCACACUUAUACUCCACCACCACUUGAUAUAAAACUAUAAAAAUUUAUAUUCAAGUAUUUAAAUUUGGGGACAGAUAAUCGUACACCCCC